AUGCACCUGACGGAUCUGAACAUCCCGGAUCUUCUUCUCAGCAUCUGGCGGGGCGUCAUCAAGGGGAGUGUCGCCGAUCCCAAGGAGUAUCCGUGGGCAGUCCUACAAGGCGACGUCUGGACAGCCCACGGUCAGCAGGUGCAGCAGGCGGCUACUUACCUUCCCGGCUUCUUCGAUCGCUCGCCACGGAACAUCGCUGAGAAGAUCUCGAGCGGAUACAAGGCGGCCGAAUUUCACACGUACCUAUGGAACUACGCCCCGGCCAUGCUUCGCCACCUCCUCCCACCUCUUUGCUGGCAGCAUCUCUGCAAAACGGCUAAGAGCGUCCAGAUCCUCCAUCACGAGAACAUCCUCCUCGCCGAGCUCAUCAAAGCGAAGAAGCUGCUCCAGGAGGCUACGCGCGAGUGCGAAGAGGUGUACGUCGAGCGCGACAUCGACCGCAUGCACUUUGUCCGGCCUUGUCUCCACACACUUUGGCACGCCCCCGACGAGAUCUUCCGACGUGGCUCUCUCAUUUGCUGUACCCAGCAUGCCAUGGAACGACUUAUCGGCAACCUCGGCGGUGAGAUCAAACAGCCCUCCAACCCGUAUCACAACCUCUCGGAGCGCGCGGUUCUGCGUUGCCAGACCAACGCCCUCAAAGCCAUGAUUCCGGAGCUGGAUAGAGUUGCGACUAAGGCGAAGACCCUUCCACGCGGGGCGGAGGACCUUGGGAACGGCUUCAUUCUGCUGCGCGCCCUGGACAGCUGCCCCCGUGCUGUGUCGGAGCUCGAGGCCCGCGCUUUCCACCGGUACUUCCUCGCCGCCUACCCGACCUUCGUAUCUGAAAUCAACCGCAAUGACUUCACGUUCAAGGCACACCGAUGGGCGCGUCUCCGCCUCCCGAACGGCCUCGUUGCGCGCUCCGCCUGGAAGGAGUGCAACAAGCCUCUGUCCAAACUCCGGCUUGCUCGAUGUGUCAAGUUCGUCAACAGUAACGGGGACUCCGAAGUGGGGGAAGUGCGCUACUUCUGCCAGGCUGGUCCCGAUCGUCGCGCGGUCGCGAUGGUCUCCGUCUUCGGUGCGCGCGACGCGCAGCUGUACAAAGACUCAUACGAAACUAUCGAGCUGAUGGAAUAUCGAGGCGAGGCAGACAUGCGUGUUGUCGAGGUCAAGGAUAUCAAGACGGUGGUGGGAAUGAUCCCGGACGUGAUGCCGGCAGAGUCGACGUAUGGUACGGACUACAAGCACCUACAUGAGGGCUGCAAAUACUUUGUUGUAGAGAAGCUGGGCUUGCAGGUAGGGGUACUAGUAGGG